AUGGAUAGACAACCUUCAGCAUUUUCAGCUAGGCAACAAACAGCAGACCCUAAUCGCGUGCCGCAAAUGAGAAGGGACUCGCCAAAGAGUGGUACAGAUGGCGUGAUGGACGCGGCCACGCCCACCAAAGAGUCCAAGAGAGAUCGAAGCCUGACGGAUGCGCAGAAGGUGCAACUGAAGGCACUUCAAGCUGCAGGAAGAGUCGAGUCUGGAAAAACAGCCGACCCGCCUAAGGUGGCAUCUCCCUCGGCGGAUCGGGUCGUGAAAGCUGAAGAGAAAAGUCUGUCCCAAUCUGAGAGAGCGAGAAAGGUGAAGGAGCAGCGGCUUUCUAGCACUUCGAGCAGUACGGAUAAAGGCAAAGCUCGAAUGACAGAACAGGAGGCGGACGACGGACUGUCCACUGAUGAUACAGGGGCUGAGUCUACCUCAACAGCUGCAUCAGAUGACAAGAUGGAAGAUCCCCUCAUGGCCGGCGAUUAUCGACCACUCAAGUCUGUCCUGAAGAAGUCAAAGAAGAAACCUCGUCAAAAGAAGAACAUCCACCAUAACUAUUACAUGACCAUGAGGGGUCACAAACCGUCAUUGAUUCCGUUCCCACACGGGUUCCAUCCCAAGCCCCAUCACCCGAGAAAUACACUGUGGUUCGACAACGUGCCAGACAACGCGGAUCAUAUCAUGGCGCCUCCUCCUGUUCCGAAACUCCCUGAGGAAGGCAAGGAGGAGGAGCAGGAGGAUGAGGGCGAAAAGAAGGCACGAAGUGGGACUGGAGACGAGAAAGACGGGAAGACAAGCGGCAGCGAAGACAAAGAGGGAGGGGCGAAGACUGAGACUUCCACCGAGAUCAAAGCCUCCCAGUCACGCUCGACGUCCGGCUCUAGGAGUACAUCUGGACCGGAGAAGCCCGCAGCUGCCACGAAGGAUUCUGGUUCCGAUGACAAGACCUCAGAGGAGAGAGCCAAUGCACGGGCGACAGCCGACCGAGAGGCAAAAGCGAGAGCGAGAGCAAACGCAGAGAGUGACAGGAACCAGGGCUCGACCGUCAAUCCAGACAAGACGCCUAUCAACACACAACUGUGA